GAGGAAGUGAAAGUGUUUCUCUCACCGACUCCAUUUUGUUUCUGCUGGAAAAAAGGAAUAAACUUUAACUUCAGGCAGAAACGGUGAUAUUAAUGUCACACAAAAAGGACUGCUGAGUAAAAGAGUGUAAUUUAUUCAGCAGUGUGUCCGUGAGCUCUUUGCACAUUCAAACAUGAAGUGCCCUGAUCUGGAGACAGAGAAUGAGACCCCGCCCUCAGAAAAGCAUAAACUCAAGAGGAAGAGAUCAGACUCACCAGAACCCAGCUGUAUCUCCAUGAAGAGUGACCGGUCUAUGGAUCCUCCUUCAAACUUUAAACGUGGAGACUCCUCAUCUGUACACAGUAAACUCCAGAGAAAGAGAUCAGACUCACCAGAACCCAGCUGUAUCUCCAUGAAGAGUGAUCGGUCUAUGGAUCCUCCAUCAAACUUUAAACGUGGAGACUCCUCACCUGUACACAGUAAAUUGCAGAUAAAGAGAUCAGACUCACCAGAACCCAGCUGUGUCUCCAUGAAGAGUGACCGGUCUAUGGAUCCUCCACCAAACUUUAAACUUGGAGUCUCCUCAUCUGUACACAGACAUGACUUGGAAUCUGCUGCUGUAAAUAAAUUUCAGAAGUUGUUCAGAUCAAAUCUGAUGAAGAAGUUUGAGUGUGUAAAUGGAGUCAUAAUAAAUCAGGAAAACCGAACACUCCUGAAUGAGAUCUACACAGAGCUCUACAUCACAGAGGGAGACAGUGGAGACGUCAUUAAAGAACAUGAGGUGAGACAGAUCGAGGCAGUGUCCAGGAGAACAACAUCAGAGGAAACACCAAUCAAAUGCAAUGACAUCUUUAAGUCAUUAUCUGAUCAAGACAAACCCAUCAGAACUGUUCUGACAAAGACCUUAUCUAAAAAACCCAAACCCAUCAGAACUGUGCUGAAAAAGCCCUUAUCUAAAAAACCCAAACCCAUCAGAACUGUUCUGACAAAGGGAGUCGCUGGCAUCGGAAAAACAGUCUCUGUGCAGAAGUUCAUUCUGGACUGGGCUGAAGGGAAAACAAAUCAGGAUGUCCCCCUCAUAUUCCCACUUUUUUUCCGAGAGCUGAAUCUGAUGAAGGACCAGAAACUGAGUCUGAUGGAGCUCCUUCAUGUCUGUUUUAAGGAAACAAAAGAAACAGAAAUGUUCAGUUUGGAAAAGGUUCUGUUUAUUUUUGAUGGAUUGGAUGAGUAUCGUUUCUCUCUGGAUUUCCAGAACACAGUGAGUGUGUGUGAUGUAACUGAAUCAGCAUCAGUGCCUGUGCUGCUGAUAAACCUGAUCAAAGGGAAUCUGCUUCCCUCUGCUCUCAUCUGGAUCACCUCCCGACCAGCAGCAGCUGAUCAAAUCCCCUUUGAGUGUGUCGAUCGAGUCACAGAGGUACGAGGGUUCAAUGACCCACAAAAGGAGGAGUACUUCAGGAAGAGGAUCAGUGAUCAGAGCCUGGCCAAUGACAUCAUCACACACCUGAAGUCAUUAAGAAGCCUCUACAUCAUGUGUCACAUCCCAGUCUUCUGCUGGAUUUCAGCCGCUGUUCUAGAGAAAAUGUUGUGUGAAGCAGAGAGUGGAGAGAUCCCCAAGACUCUGACUCAAAUGUACACACACUUCCUCAUCAUUCAGAUAAACAUCAUAAGAGAAAAGUACUCAGAGAAGCAGGAGAGUGAUGAAGAAAUGCUUCUCAAACUGGGACAACUGGCUUUUGAGCAGCUGGAGAAACACAACCUGAUCUUCUAUGAAGAAGACCUGAGAGAGUGUGACAUUGAUGUGAGAGAAGCAGCAGUGUACUCAGGUGUGUGUACGCAGAUCUUCAGAGAGGAGUGUGAGCUUCACCAGAGUAAAGUGUACUGCUUUGUUCAUCUGAGUAUUCAGGAGCAUCUCGCAGCUCUGUAUGUGCACCUGACAUCCAUGAGGGAAAGGAGAAAUGUUCUUGAAAAGAGUCGGUCCUUUAAUACAAUCCCAGAUGUCCACAUUAGUGCUGUAGAUCAGGCCUUAGACAGUGAGACUGGACAUCUGGAUCUUUUCCUCCGCUUUCUUCUGGGUCUCUCACUGGAGUCCAAUCAGGAACUCUUACACACUUUAGUAACACAGACAGGAAGUAGCUCACAAAGCAAAGAGAAAACAGUUCAGUACAUUAAGGAGAUGAUCAGUUAUCUUGAUGAUUUUAAUGAUCGUAAUGAUCGUACUGCAGAGAAAUCCAUCAAUCUGUUCCACUGUCUGAAUGAACUGGGUGAUGAUUCACUAGUGGAGGAAAUCCAACGCUACCUGAAAUCUGGAAAACAAAGUGAACUCUCUUCUUUACAGUUGUCUGCUUUGGUGUUUGUGUUACUGACAUCAGCAGAGGAUCUGGAGGAAUUUGACCAGAGUAAAUAUUUCAGUUCAGAGAAGAUAACAGAAGAUAUUCUUGUGAAGGUGAUGCCUGUGAUUUCAGCAUCCAGAAAAGCAAUUAUCAGGUGUGAUACAAUUAAAGGGAGAAGUGGUGAAGCUCUGGGCUCAGCGCUCAACUCAGAAACCUCCAAUCUGAGAGAACUGCAUCUGACUGUGGAGACACUGGACCUGUCUGAGGAUGAACUAACAGACUCAGGAGUGAAGUGUCUCUGUGCUGUACUGGAGAAUCCUGACUGUAAAGUGGAGACACUGAGGUUGUUGCAGUGUGGUGUCUCAGAUGAAGGCUGUGCUGCUCUCGCUUCAGCUCUGAGAUCAAACCCCUCACACCUGAGAGAACUGGAUCUGUCUGAAGAUAAUCUAGGAGACUCAGGAGUGAAGCGUCUCUCUGCUGUACUGGAGAAUCCUGACUGUAAACUGGAGACACUGAAGUUGUGGGGUUGUGGUGUCUCAGAUGAAGGCUGGGCUGCUCUGACUUCAGCUCUGAGAUCAAACCCCUCACACCUGAGAGAACUGGAUCUAAAUGGGAAUAAUAAUCUAGGAGACUCCGGAGUGAAGUGUCUUUCUGCUGUACUGGAGAAUCCUGACUGUAAACUGGAGACACUGGGGUUGGAGUCGUGUGGUGUCUCAGAUGAAGGCUGGGCUGCUCUGACUUCAGCUCUGAGAUCAAACCCCUCACACCUGAGAGAACUGGAUCUGUCUGAUAAUAAUCUAGGAGACUCAGGAGUGAAGUGUCUCUCUGCUGUACUGGAGAAUCCUGACUGUAAACUGGAGACACUGAAUUUGGGGUGGUGUGGUGUCUCAGAUGAAGGCUGUGCUGCUCUGACUUCAGCUCUGAGAUCAAACCCCUCACACCUGAGAAAACUGGAUCUGUCUGGGAAUAAUCUAGGAGACUCAGGAGUGAAGCGUCUCUCUGCUGUACUGGAGAAUCCUGACUGUAAACUGGAGACACUGUGGUUGUAUAAUUGUGGUGUCUCAGAUGAAGGCUGUGCUGCUCUGACUUCAGCUCUGAAAUCAAACCCCUCACACCUGAGAGACCUGAAUCUGUAUGGGAAUAAAAUAGGAGACUCAGGACAGAAGUGUCUCUCUGCCCUUAAGGACGAUGAACAUUACAAACUACAAGAACUGAGGUGAGUAAUGAUCUCUUUAUAUAAACACUGAAACAUAUUAACAGGCUGAUUAGCAUUAUUUUGUACAUUAGCAUUAGCUUGUACAUUAGCAUUUCUCUUGCAGUAAAUAUCAGAUUACAGAGUUAAAAUGUCACUUUAUUCUAUUUAAUCAGACUUUUUCUAACAAUUAUCUUUAUUGCUGUUUGGUGUUGAUUUAAACUUCAUGUGAAAGCAGAAGACGGAGUCAGACGGAGUUUACAAAACAUCCCCCCUGAGUGCAUGAGAGUGAUUGUAAAUGAUCAGCUGGUCUCCUUGUGACACCCUGCUAUCUCUGACUUCAUACUGCUGCUUCUGUCUGAAUAACAUGAUCUCAGCUUUUCCCUGUUUCCGAUAAGCAGCAGACUUUCUCCUCAACUCUCAUAAAAACUCAUGAAAAAUCAUCUUUAAUGCCACACUGACACAAAUAUUAGAUUUAAUCAGCUACUUUACUCACUCUGACACUCCUUCCAGCUCUCCACCUCCUCACCGUGGCUUCUGUCAUUCCUGUAAAAUUCACCUCCACUUCUUCUUAAAGUCUGCACUUAAAUAUACAUGUAGAACAGGAGAUAAAACACACAGCAGUGUGAGUUAGUUUAUAAAAAGCUCUAAAGCCUGUGAUUGUAUAAGAGCAGUGAUGUGAUGAUAAACAUCUGCUCACUUUCCUGUUAGAACUUGUGGAAGUUCUCAUUUGUUCUAAAUAAAAUGUUCUAACACACAUAUUGUACAUGUAUUAAUAAAUGAUGAAUGAAAUUAUAAACAGGAAAUAAUAAUGUUUCUCUCGAAGCAGAGAUGAUUACCUGCUGUUGAUCACGAAGUCCAGUUUGUAGUUAUUAAUUCAGAUGUUUUUCUUUUAUUUUCAGUUUCUAAUGAACAUCUGUGUGCGAGAUGAAGACUCCGGUGUUCCUGCAUUUCUGUGUUGGGGAACAAAUGACACCUUCAUUUAUUUAUAACUAAUUAAACAGUCUCAGAGUCGUGGUGUGUGUUCAUUGUGCAGAAUGAGUUCAGUGGCCUACCCAGUCACAAGAUCUGAAUGCAGUAGAACACCUGAAGAACCUACAGAAACUGUGUGAUGUGAUCAGAUCAACAUAGACCAGAAUCGAGUCUCUUUUAAAAGCAGGUCCUACCCAGUAUUAGUGCAGUGUUCCUAAUAAAGUGCUGUAAUAAAUAAUAAUAAAUAUACUGAAGCAUCAGUUUAUAUUUUACUAAACCUUUGUUAAUAGAGUUUAAAAAUCAGAAAAAUAUCUGUUCUGUAAAAAAUAAACCGUAAUUUUUAAUAGUAAAAAACUGUGAAAUUUACCGUGAAAAAAUACGGUAGCAACGUUAUUGGUUGUACGGGAUUGCACCCAUUAUACUGUAUAUAUUAUGGAUUUUAAUAGUUUUUUCUACGUUUUAUAGUCGUCUAAUUUAUAUUAACCAAGAACUUCAAAGUCGUGAAUGGUAUUCCGCCCUUUGAUCACUGUGCCAAGGACAGCCGCCACCGCUCACCAGCCUGUGCCCGCAUGCCAGCAGGUAUCUGCACGUGCACACCUUUCCUUCCCUUUUUCCCUUCCUCCCUCCUUUAACCCUUUCCUUCCCUAAGUAAAAUUACCCCUUAACCGUAAGACCUCACCACAUGUCCGUGUUUGUUGUUGCCCCUUUGUAACAAACCCAUUACAAAAUACAUGAACAUAUUUAACACCCCUGUGCAGUGUGCACUUAAAAACCACAAUGCAGGACAGAGGACAGCAAUUGUGUAGCAAGCAUGGUAGUGUAGUGGUUAGCACUGUCGCCUUGCACCUCCGUAUUUUUUACGGUAGCAUUCUGGCAACCACAGCUGCCGUUUUUUUACCGCAAAAUUUACAAUUUAUGUUUUACAGUGUAGCUCUUUUACUUCAGUGUACCCUACAUGCUUGAUUUUGACUGUACCAAUUACUUUUUGAAGAAAUCCAGUAUAGAUACAGACUUUUCUUUAUAUACUGAUUUUUUAAAAUGUAAUAAUUUCUACUGUUUUAUUAGUUUCUUUAAGUAGCAUUGUUACGCAAACAUUUUAUCAAACAUUUACCAUUCUUCUAUAUUCAUUUAUAUUUCUGUAUUAACACUGUGUGUAAUUAUCAGUAGGAACAUUCUGUAUUCUGUAUCACUCUGUUUUAUAUAAACCAGACUCUCCUGUAAAUCAGCAGUAAUAAGGUACUUGGCUUAGUGCUGGAAUAUUA